AUGUCUGGUCGUGAAUUUUCUUUGUCUUUCGAGAUCACACCCCCAACUGCAGCUCCACCCGGACUACCCUUUACCAUGCCGGUGGUCAUUGCUGUUAACCCAAUCGGAACCCCUGCUCAAAACGUCCAGCAUCUUGUUGUGAGCGCCUCCCUCCGCGAUGAAGCCGGCUCAGGAGCCGCGGCAGGCCUGAGCGGCAACCUCACCGCAAGCGUCCGCAGCCGAUCCGACAAUGCAAUGAGUGGUUAUGCGAAAUUCAGCCCACUCACCAUCUCGCAACCGGGUAAAUUCCGUCUGCGAGUGAUGCUCAGUGCGGCCUCUUAUGGUGGGGUGGUAACGAAGGAGUAUGUUGAUUCGACUGUCAUUCAUGUGCAGGCCGGCGCGGCUGCCCAACGGCCAAGUGGGUCUCUCCCCUUUCUCAAAUCUAUCAUUUCGAUCGCUUUUGGUCUCUUUCCCGUUCCCUGCCUCAUGCCCCGAGGUCCUACCAUUGGAGUGUUGCCCCUCUCCCACCAGGAUGGCUCUCCUCAAGUCGGGACUUAA